GUGGAAGUUUGCAGGAAAGCCCUCAGUUCAGGCGAUGGAGGCGAUCCAGGGGUUUCCAUGGUACUGGGCAUAAACAGGAGGAAACAGUGAGGGAAUCCCGUUAUUUUACAGCAUUCAAGACUAUAAACACUCAGAGCAGGGAAGGAAGUGGCUUUUCCCUCUCGGGUGACCCACCUCUCGGAGCACGCAAAUCCAGCAGCAGCGCCCUCCGGGCCGCAGGACCCCCACGCGCGGCGCGGAUCCUUUCCACGCGGGACGAGCGAGAGGCGGCGGAUGGGCGCGGGACGACCAUGGUCUGAAUGAAGAAGACCUCCGUCAGCUCGCCCUUUCGCCCGUCCUCGGCGUCUUUUUCUCUCCCCGAGUAGCUUUUCCUUUUUCCCAAAAAAAUCCAAAUGCAGAGAGGAACCGCGUGCCGGCUGGUCCAUUAUCACCACAUCAUGAGGUCUGUGGAUCAAGAAGAACCGACUCCUUCACAUAAAAUCAUCAGCCCACCCACUGGAGUUACUUACCCUCAUGAUGAUGUCUCGGAUUAUGGCCUCAAGCCGUACCCCUUCGCUCUGUCUAGCCUUUCGGCAGAUCACAUGGGCAGAUAUGGACAGCCAGAUAGCAUAGGGUCAAAAUGCUACUUGGACCCUCUCAAGGCUGCAGGUCCCCCUACUUUGAGCCCUAGGAUUGAGAUAACACCAUCUUAUGAACUGAUUCACUCAGGGGGGGCCUUCAGCAGCAGAGACACAGAUCUAUUGGUAGAGCAUCAGUCCAGCUCAGCUACCGCUAGCCCAAGGUUUACUCUGCCGGUCCCUGGCUUUGAGAGCUACCGAGAACCGCUGUGCCUGAGCCCUCCUAGCAGCGGCUCCUCUGCAAGCUUCAUUUCAGAGACAAAUUUCUCUCCUUAUACUUCACCAUGCGUUUCACCAAAUAAUGGCCCUAGUGAUGACCUGUGUCCACAGUUUCAAAACACCCAUGCUCAUUAUUCCCCUAGAACCUCGCCAAUAAUGUCCCCACAAGCAACUGUCGUGGAGGAUACCUGCUUGGGGCCACGUUCACCAUCAUCACGUCCCAACUCAAGGUCGUCAUCACCAGGGGCAAAACGGAGGUACUCUUGCACUGAGCUCUACGGGAGUCAGCAUCCACACUCUUCUCCACGGCAGUCGAGGACCCCUUCUCCACAGGCCUCUCCCCACAUCUCCCUGAGAGAAGACGGAGCGACAGUUACUUACACCCAGUUGUCCACCUCAUCUAGUCUCAUGGAUGCCAUGAACAAUCUCACCACUGACCCUUCCUGCGGAGUUCCCACAAAAAUAUGGAGGACCACUCCGGAUCCUUCGCCAUUGGUUUCCCACAAAGCCAGUAUGCCAUGCCAUGUACUUCAGCCCAUCGAAUACAUUGGAUCCUGUGAGCAGGAGAAUCGAAGGAACCCACCGCCAGAUUCAAUCCUUUUAGUGCCGCCAUCUUGGCCGAAGCAGCUGAUGCCUGCGAUACCAAUCUGCAGCAUUCCUGUUCAGUCUCUUCCACCUCUUGAGUGGCCUCUAUCCAGCCAUUCAGGCUCCUACGAAUUACAGAUUGAGGUGCAACCCAAACCCCACCAUCGUGCUCAUUACGAGACGGAAGGGAGCCGAGGGGCAGUCAAAGCACCAACAGGGGGACAUCCUGUGAUUCAGCUUCAUGGUUAUGUGGACCACAAGCCCUUGGGCCUUCAGAUCUUCAUUGGAACAGCAGAUGAGAGGAUUCUUAAACCACAUGCUUUUUACCAAGUCCAUCGCAUCACAGGGAAAACAGUCACUACCACCAGCUUUGAGAAAAUCAUUGGCAACACCAAAGUGCUGGAAAUCCCUCUGGAGCCAAAAAACAACAUGAAAGCAACCAUUGACUGCGCAGGAAUUCUCAAGCUGAGGAAUGCAGACAUUGAAUUACGGAAAGGAGAAACAGAUAUUGGCCGAAAGAAUACUCGUGUGCGAUUGGUGUUCCGCGUGCACAUCCCUGAAUCUAGUGGCCGGAUAGUUUCUUUGCAAGUUGCAUCCAACCCCAUUGAAUGCUCCCAACGUUCGGCUCAUGAACUUCCAAUGGUUGAAAGACAAGAUGUGGACACCUGCCUUGUAUACGGUGGACAGCAAAUGAUUUUAACCGGCCAGAACUUUACAGCAGAAUCCAAAGUCAUCUUCACAGAGAAGACACCAGAUGGGCAGCAGAUUUGGGAGAUGGAGGCCACAGUGGACAAAGACAAGAGCCAAUCUAACAUGCUCUUUGUAGAGAUUCCAGAAUAUCGGAACAAGCACAUUCGUGUCCCCGUUAAGGUGAAUUUCUAUGUUAUCAAUGGGAAACGGAAAAAAAGUCAGCCACAGCAUUUUACCUACCAUCCAGUGCCUUCCAUAAAAACAGAGCCCAUUGAUGACUAUGAUCCAAGUUUAAUCUGCAAUACAGUACACAGUGGUCUGAGAACAGUAACACAGCCUUAUUAUUCACAUCAUACAAUGGCCUCGGAGUCUCCUUCCUGUCUUGUGGCUACAAUGGCUUCUUGCCAGCAAUUGCAUUCAAAUCUCUCUUCUCCCGAAUCUCAGUAUCCUUCACAAAACCCAGGAGCUAUAAUAUAUCAAAGAAGCAAGAGUCUCAGUCCAAGCCACCUGGGCUACCAGCAGCCCAACUUGAUGGGUGCCCAGGUGCCCAUCCCAGAUGUUCAUAGGUCAGUGCUUGUGCACACAGGAUCCCCUAGCCAGAGUUCAGCAAUGCUCCAUCAUUCCCCAGCCAAUCAGCCAUCUUCUCCAGUGAUUCAUUGCUCUCCCACAGCCAAUCAUCAGAUGAGAUGUGAAAGCCAUCAAGAGUUUCAGCAUAUAAUGUGUAGUGAAAAUUUCACAUCCAGCGGAGUGAGGCCCCAUCAACCUCAAGUCAACCAAGCACAAAGGUUAAGCCCAAAUUCUUAUCCUACUGUGAUUCAGCAGCAGAGAACAGCCAAAAAUGGACCACCAGUAAAUGAUCAGAAGGAAGUGGUAUCAGCUGGAGUCACUGUAAAACAGGAACAGAAUCUUGACCAAGCUUAUUUGGAUGAUGUUAAUGAAAUUAUCAGGAAAGAGUUUUCUGGACUCCCUGCCAGAAGUCAGACAUAGAAGAUGAGAUUUAUGAGGCAACUUUUGCAGAACCCAUCCGUAUCUGACUUCUAAGAUUCUUCUCUUGUCCUGCUUGCCUUUUGUUUCCUCAACUGAUCAUCUCAAGGCACCAGUUCAACACCAGGAACAAUGCACUGGCAUCCAGCUGACAAUUUUAUGUAAGCCACUCAGCACCUCUCAUUGUAAACAUCAAAGAAAAAAACUCUUCCUUUUGUCCAAAGAUCAUACCGUUCUCAUGUAACCUUGCAAGUGCCUGACGUAGAUUACUGAAGUGACUAAGGAUGCAUACAUGGACUAGAAAUGACAAUUGGGGGGAAAAGGUCCAAAAACUUUUAUUGAACUAAAGUAUGGUUGUGUACAUGAAUGCAUGUUAUAGACGUUGGAUGAAUUUUACAAUUGCCAACUCAACAAAAAACAACAACAAUGAAUUAGGUUUCUCGAACGGUCACAAUGCAUAGCCAGAAACAAAAUUUUAAACUUCGAAUACUCAAGCAUUGAACCUCCCUCCCUUAAAUGAAAGGGAACAGAUCUACGUAUGCAACAUUGUUUUUAUUCUUCUUUCAAACAGAAGCAUGACUAUUGCUCUGCAUAGAUUCACAGGGUUUUUUUAAAAAUUAAAAAAACAAUAACAUCAAAGUGCAACAAGGAGGCUGCUGCAAUGGAAAACAGAUGAAAAUCAUCUGGUGUGGGCACAGCUUCUAGUGAGAAUGUAAAGUAGCUUUUUAGUUGUAGCUUUGUCAUAUCUUUGCUCUAUUUUUAGAUGCACCAAAGCCAUAUUUUCAUUGAACUAGAAAGUAUGUAAACUCAAAACACAAUGCAGUCAACAAUUAAGCAUUUUUUAAAAAACUAAACAACGUCUACAGAAGAGAGCUGAACCUGCGUUUGAAACUCUGAAAUGAAUGUUAAAGCUAAAAUAUUUAACUUUAGCUGGAGUGUGCAUUCUAUUCCACAAUGUUCUAUGCAGCAUUUUACUGUACAGUGUACAGAUUUAAAACUGAUUUAUUUUAGAUUCUUUCCCAUCCAUACAAGUAACAAAAAGUUUUUUUAAGUAAAUGAAUCAUCUCAACUUGAUUUGGAAACUGCUUUUAUGGUUUUACAGUGGAAGUUUUGCAGAUCUAUCCAGUCAUUCAACUCAUGGUAAAAAUCACAAGAUGGCAUAAUUAUAUUCAUAGGGAAUGUGAGAUACUAAGUUAAUCGGUUAAGCAUAGAAAUGUGUGAUGAAGAGUAAUUUAAUUGGUUAAAGAAUGUAGGACUUACUGAUUUAUUCAUUCUAGCAGCUAUCAAAUUUUCAAAAAAUUCCAGAGCUUCUUUUUAUUUGUGCUACAAUACGGUUUUUCCCUCCAAAAAUGUAAUUUUUUUUUCUACUGAGGAUUAUCAUUGUGUAUUCUGCAUUUAGAUGUUACUGUAUUUUUCAGAGUGUAAGAGCACUUUUCCCCCCAAAAAAGAGGGUGAAAAUCUGGGUGCGUCUUAUACUCCGAAUGUAGCCCUGCCCAGCCUUGCAAAGGGAGAUUUCAGAGGCUGAAAAAAGCCUCUGAAAGAAGCUUCAGAAAAAAAGCCUCAGAAACAAAGUUUCAGGGAAAAAAAGCCUCUGAAAGGCUUUUAUUUAAAAUAAUAUGGCAAGCAACAAAAGAAGAAUCAGUAAAGGUUCUAACCAAACUAUGCUAACAAAUCUGCAGAAUGACACAAUAACCAACAGAUCAGAAGAGGUUAAUCUAUAUACCAAUACCAAAGAAAGGAGAUUGAACAGAAUACAGAUAGUCCUUCAGAAUAAAAGCCUCUGAAAGAAGCUUCAGAAAAAAAGCCUCCAAACAGAGCUUCAGAAAAAAAGCAUUUUUUUCUGAAGCUCUGUUUCGGAGGCUUUCAGAGGCAAAAAAAAAAAAGUUUUUUUCUGAAACAGUUUCAGAAGUUUCAGAGGCGGAAAAAAAAGCAAGGCACAGAGCUCACAACCAACGAACCUGUUGCUAAAAUUCACCUCUGGGAACAGCUGAUUGGGGGUAUUCCAGGAGGCCGAUCCACCUGCCAAUCAGCUUUUUUCUUAUAUUCCUCCCCAAAAACUAAGGUGCGACUUAUACUCCGAAAAAUACGGUAUUUCUCUAAAUUUUUUGUUGCCAGAAGAAGCCACAACAUCUUUUUACUCUUUUGCCCAAUAUAUGUUGUAGUUUCUUCAUCCCUUGUAAAAUUUAAACUGCAGAUCAGUCUAUGUAACUCACAUGAUACAAAUUGGAAGUGCAUAAUUUUCAGGCAUACGUAGGCUUAUCCACAUUCCAUCAAAUAAGGUUCUUAAAGAACUGAUAAAAAUUAAUAAAACUAUUGUAAUUGCCAGCUAACAAUUUGAUUUUGGUUUCUUGAGGAUUGGUCCCAAUGUCCAAAUUUAUAAUUGGGCAUGGAAAGUAGGACUGAUAAGAGUACAUUUGCAAUAUAUGUAUCUACGCAUGGAAACUUUUUGUCUAUAUUUUCCUAAGCUUGAUUCAGAGAAGUGAAAUAAAGGAAAUGAUGAAAAGCAGCUGAAUUGGAUAGUAGUAGAGAUAAGUACAAAAAUAAUUUUCUAGUUGCAGCUAAUCUAAUUCCUCAAAGUUAAGCAUAAACUUUUAUUAUAUGAAUCAGUUUUCAGUUUCACUUCAAAUUAUCCUUUAAUGUCAGUCCUUGAAUACACUUCAUAAUCAUUUUCACCACUAAUCCUCAAUUGUUUGUCUAGAUACCUAGAAAGCACACCACAACUUGGAGUCCUUUUUUGUGCCAAGUAUAAAAUACCAAAGAAAUUUCCCAUUUGGAUUUCUUUGCUGGGUUAUUUUUCUUUCACGAGUAUACCAUCGUUUUAUACAACUUGUUUAUCUUGAUCUGCCUAAUCUAUAGAGAGUUUUAAGGAUGUGAUGCAACCUUGCUUUGGCUUUUAAGCUCUAAAACACCAGCUCUAGGAAAUACAUUCUUGACAAAUCUGAUGCUAUUUUUGGAUUAAAAAGUAAUGUGUCCUUUGAGUUGAACUUAAUUCCUUUGACUCCAUGGCCACAAACCUAUAAUUUCUUUGGUAACAAUAUGCAGAUGAUUUGCAAUUGCCUUCUGUAAGGACAUUGGCAUCCCUGGUUUAUAUACAGUAGUAAAUCCUUGCGUCCAUUUAUUUUUACCUAGAUUUGGUGUGAAAUUUACCCUUUCUGACUUAUAACUACUGUUUCUUUGUAGAGAUGGGUUUGUAUAUCUGUCACUAAGCGAAAAACCCAACCAACCACCUAAUGGCUUAAUAUUAUUUGUGAACCAGGAAUAUUCCUGUUAUUUAUGCCAGUGAAUUACUGCAGAGGAUGAAAAAUAUCACUCCAGAGUUGUUGUUAGAUACAGAGCUGCAAUUCUUGCUGAUCCAACUACUUGAUCAAAUGUUCUUACAAGCUCUUCUAAAGUAUACGCAAACAUGAAAAGUAAGGUUCUUAGUUCUCUUUCAUUUCCUAUGGAUUGAAACAGUGGUGAAAUCCAUUUUUUUUUACUACCGGUUCUGUGGGCGUGGCUUGGUGGGCAUGGUGUGGCUUGGUGGCUGUGGCUUGGUGGGCGUGGCAGGGGAAGGAUACUGCAAAAUUCCCAUUCCCUCCCCACUCCAGGGAAAGGAUACUGCAAAAUCCCCAUACCCUCCCCACUCUGGGGCCAGCCAGAGGUGGUAUUUGCCAGUUCUCCGAACUGCUCAAAAUUAACGCUACCGGUUCUCCGGAACCUGUCAGAACCUGCUGGAUUUCACCCCUGGAUUGAAACCAUAAGGAAUGACAACAGGAUGGCCAUAUUGCUUCUUUGUCUGCUUCUUGGCAAUAUCUAAAAAAACCAGAGCAUUUGGAUGCAGCAUUGUAUUCUUAUCUUAAGCAUCUUCCUUUGCUGCAUUAUACAUUCAUUUAUGUGUAGUAUAGACUACAUGAUUUUUUAAAAAUAUAUAUAUAAAUAUAUAUAAUGGUUACGUGUUGGCAAGCUGUCCUACUGUGUCUGAUUUAGAAUAUUUAGCAAGCAACCAUUUGCUCAUACUAAAGCCUUAACCAAAUAUAUAUUUCUCAAGCAAAUACAUUCCUCUACAGAUGUUUGUCUUAAAGAAUAACUGGAUACAUUUAAGAUAGUACAGGUAAUUCUGAAACAUUCAAUGAAUGAAAUUAUUUAUUUUGGUUUUGCAAUAGUUCUACAGUUAACAUAUGUAAACUUCAUGUAAACUUUUUUUUUUAAUUAUUACUUUGGUCUAAAGAAAUGUAAGGUUUGCCUUGGACAAUUAACUGCCUUGUGUGAGUAAUUUGUUCUCAGUUUAUCUGGAAGACAGCCAUAGCUGCAUAUGAGGAAAUUAUUCUUUUUCCCCUCAGUUAUCUGAAAGCUUCAUGACAAGUGCCUUCCUGUCAUUGUACCAAAAGGCCUCACAAAGCAUUGUCUAUCAAGUGAACAACUGUAAUGCAUUUUCCAUUAGUGUUUUAUUAUGCUAAAGUCAAAGCAGUUUAUUGUAACUCAGUGGCAUUUUUUUUUCAACAUUAUUAUUUCUUAAUCGCAGCUUAGGCCUACAUAUUACAGGAUGAGUAUCUGUAAACUUUUGCACUAAAUAGAUGAAGUCAUCCAUCUUAAUAUGUAAACAGUCAGUUGAUGUUGGAGAGGCUAGUAAGCUUUUCAUUACUUUGGAAUGCAUUUGGCAUUAAAGAAUACCAAAGAAAAACUGCACGUGAGAAUGUUUUGUGAGUUGAAUGGAUUUUUUUUUUUUCAUUGUGAGGAAUUCUUUUUUCCUUUUCCUUUCCUCUGGUUUUUGAUCUGUGUGUUUGGAGGAGAAAUGUAGGCUUAUUUGAAUAAUAGCGAUACUGAGAUGGAAAGAAUACCAAAAUACUUAUUUGGUUAAUACAAAAUACAUUUGGUUAAUACUGGCUGUGGGUUCAAUCCAGACAAACUGAAGCACUUUUCCAUGUAUCUUUUGCUAGACAGUAGUUUACUAUAAUAAUUUGUUAUACCCUUUAUUCUGUUCAACAUCCGGUCUUCUUGUGUAAUAGUAAUAUCUAUUAUAGAAAGCAUAAUUCCAUUGAAUUUAGAGAGAAAAUUUCUGAAACAUGUGUUUUAAUUCAGUCAUUCUCAAAUGUUCUGAUUCCUAAUUUGAAUAACUAAAUGAAUAAAACAAAUCCAUUCUUAGAAGUUAGAGUUAGGCAAGAAAUAAAUACCCCACUUACUAAAAGAUAUGCCAUUAUCAUCAUAAAUGUUUGACUUAAAUCUUAAUUGGGUGAGCACUGUGGUUAUAGUGAUCAUUUUAAAUGCUUCUCUUCCCGCUCACCAAAAAUGUCCAUUUUGAAAGGCUAGAAAUUGAACAUAAUGGGUAAAAAUAUUGAAAUUUACUUCUAUAGUCACACCCAAAUCACAGAUAUUCUAUUACAUGCCAUAUGGGAAGUCACCACUUGGCAAGAAUUUGUCAGCUGGCAUCAAUCACAGUGCUGCUUUGAUUGGCAAAUGAUGCUGACGGUUGGCUAGACCCACAGGUUUAGCUUUCCUGGGCUUUUUUCUCAGGCAAAUCAUAAAUGAGCAUUGACAGCCCUCCUGCCUGCUUUGUCUGGGCAGUCUGAUCAACUAAAAAUGCUGUAAACCCACCCACCCCAUGCCCGCUCUCCCCCCCCCCAGAGGUUCAUAAUCCACCCUUUGAGAAUCUCUGUUUUUCCUCACACAUUAGCGGUCACAGGAUUUGAGAAGAUGCAUAUGUCUUUGGCUUGAUUGGACUCUGCCUAUCUAUACAUCUUACUUGGAAUGCAUCACGUUAUAAACAUUUGCAAAGAGAGCAUUUGAUUAUAUAGAAAAGCUGCUUCUUGACUGUUGGUUUCAACCCACUGCCUGUUGUAUUUUUAGGGGGGAUAUGGGUGUUAUAUAUAUAUGUACUAUAAGAUUUUUUUUUAAAGGAGGAAUUAUCUAUGAUAUUUCCUGGUUGCUACGAAAAAUAAGACACCUCCAUGGUGGUGUUUCUAAAUAGUGUGUCUUUUCUUCAGCUGAAGCCUUCAGAAAGGCUUAUUCUAUGGAGGCAAGUACUGUUGAACUCACUGAGUAUAUUCUUGUGCUUAUGGAGAGCAGUAUGUAAGGAAGCUCCCUCAGGGUUUCUUAAAUAAAUUCUUUCCUUAACCAGCUGCUUCCCCUCAUGCUCUCCCAGAGAAUCAAGCAAGGGUUGGACAAAAGACUUAACACCGCUUCCUCUAAUGCUGUGAUUUUUGGACACCCCCAAAAAACAGUCCUAUAGACUCAUAACAUACAUGACCUUCAUAGAUGCUUUAGUGCCUAUUUGAUGUGAUCCAUGAAUCAUCCUUUAUCUUGCUUCAUUGGAUGAUUAAAGAACAUAAGUACACAAGCAAAGAAACUGCAUUUUUUCCCUAAUUUCAGCUGCAAACAUCUAUUGUCUGCUUCACUGGCCAAUCAGUAAUCCUGCUUGUAAAAUUUUUGUUUAUUUCUGAAUACCUGUAUAUAACAAAUUUAACAAGUUGGUAUCUGCAUCUUUCUGGAUUUCCAGGGCAUUGUGCAUAGUGUUGAAGGAAGAUGCUGAGAGCAAUUGUAUAGAUUCAUUUAGGCCAAAAUUGUAUUAUGCCAAGGGAACCCUACAGUCCUCUUGCACAGGGCCUGUGAGAGAUUGAGAAUUUUGACAAUCCCACUUUUUCUUUUCUUUAUUUUUUUUUUAAGUUAGUCCUCACAAUUUCGAAGAUGGAUACCUGAAUAUAAGCUGACAAAAAAAGAUCAGAAAGGAAGAUGCAAUUUAAAAGGGUACAUAGAUGUAUCCUAAAACUCUUCAUGAGGAAAAUGACUAUCAUAAUUAGUAUACUGUAAAUCAGUGUUUCUCAACCUUGGCAACAGGAAUAUGUACGUAUUUCAGCUCCCAGAAUUCUGGGAGUUGAAGUCCACAUAUUCUCACGCUGCCAAAGUUGAGAAACACUGCUGUAAAUUAUAAGCACAAUAAAUUGCAAUCCAUAGUUAAUUUUUUUUUAAAUCAGAUAACGGGUGUCUCAGGAAUGUGGUCAUUAUAUACCCUACCAACAGACCACUAAUUUUUGUGUUGGAGAAAAUGAAAUGCAAGUUAUGUUAUGCAUAUAAUUAUUCAGCUUGUGUUGUAUGUAUCCUCAUUCCUGUUCGUUCCUGAUAUCAGUUGCCCUCAAAUGGUGACAAAGAACGUGGAAUGUAAAAUAUAUCAAAACCCAGUCUACUCUUAUUGAGUUUCUCCCCAUCUCCCCCCACCCACCCUCCAAAAAAUCUCAUUGUCUCUCAAUUAAUUCAGCUGCUUUGAAAGGUCUCAGUGAAUUACCAAGCGCCACUUGGAAUUGCUAUUGAAAAAUGAGGAUUAGCAUCAGGUAACACCCCUAAAACAAAAUUAAGAAUAUUGUCUCAGUAUUCGUGUCUGAGAUUUUGUGUGUGAGAGAGAGAGAGAGAAAGAGAGAGAAUGAAUAGCAUUGGUCCCUUGGCAACUGUGACCCAUUAAGAUUAUGCCAUUGAAUUCCAGCUGCUGCUUGUCUAGUAUGAGAAGAUUUGCAAUCCUGUCCUUCUUGUGGGCUUCCCAGAAAUAUCUGGCUGACCACUGUGUGAACAGGAGGCUGGGCUUUAUCUGAUCAGAUGGAGCUCUUCUCAAGCGACAUCAAAGAUUUCUGAUUUUCCAACCCCAUAAGCCAAAUUAAUGAACUAUACAUCCAAAUUAAAAGAAUUAUACCUCCGAAUGAUACAUUUGGCUUAAAAUAAUUCUUUGCUUCUGCUUCCUAGUCAUCAACACGUUUUUACAAGCAGGAAUUCCAAACUAACUUUUAAAAUAAACUACCCUAAGAAGCAAUUCAACAUGGGGAAAUAAGUUUUCUUUGGAUGGCAAGGAAGCCAAAAUGAACAUAUAUUUCCAAGUGCGGCAAGGUACAUAUUCAGCCUAGGUUGCAGCUAGUCAUGCCUGCUUGAUUCAGUCACAGAGUCAUAGACCUAAAUGGAAAGCAGCUUUAUUGCUCAAAUUUUAACACAUGACUAAACUGCUCGCUCACCUAUUUUUAACUAAAAGCCAAAAAAAAAAAACCCACAGGAAUGGUGGGUUGUAUCUGUUCUAUUGCCCCCUUGUUAUGUUUUAAUCUCAAGUUUAAUUGUGAUUUUGCUUUUUGUAAAAUAUUUUUAUACAGCUUGUAUUAUUAAAGUUCAGCAAUAAAUUGAAGGACAAACAGCUA